UGUACCAUAUAAAAACAAGAUAUAUUUAAUUUAUGAAUAUUUUUAUAGAUCUAGCUUGAUCCAAUUACAUACGUCCACGUGGCGUCCUAACAGGUUUUCACAAUCUAUUAAUAGAAUCGGAAUUCCGGUGCUAUUCUUAAACUAGCGAAAAAGAAUCAUAUUAUAGAGAAGGCAGUCUCGUUAGGAUUCUUAGAGAGGAAGAUCUGUUAUGAUUGUUAUAGAAGACGGUCACCGUUUUGUACAGAAGAAACCAAUACAUAAAAUCUAGCAGUUGCCCAAAAAAGUCAAAAUCAAGAUGGCAAAUCAUCCUAAGUGUCUAAAACUGGCAUUUGUGUUGGUCCUGUGUUGUAACUUGAGCGACUUUAUAAUGGAUUGGGUGUUCUAUGACGACAUCAAGAAUGCAGAGGACGGCUUGGUGUUUGGGCCACAGAAAAAUCAACUGGUCACCGCAUCAUUUGUUUUCUGUAUUAUAGGGACAAUUACUUUCCUGAUAGAACUGAUUAUCGACAUACUCGAUUACAAAUGGAACACAGAUUUACUAUCUGAUAUCUCAGAUGUGAUGACAGUUAUAACACUAUUGAUCGAAGACUUGCCUCAGGUCCUCAUCAACUUUGUCAUUGCUUUGUGUCGAGAAGACGUCACCAACAUCGUACAAAUAAUGAAGGCAUCAUCAUCAAUAAUUGAGGUAAUUAUAGCAGUUAUCAUCAUGUUGGUGAAAUACUGCCGAAAAGACGAAAAAGGGAAACUAAGGAAAUGCUGCUUCAAAGCAACAUUAAUUCUUUCAGCCAUAAUAUUAGCAUUUUCCGCAGUUGUCUUUUACCUGGAAACCAACUUCGCAAAGGCACGGAUAAACUUUGACAGCCAUGGCUUGGAAGGCCCAGAAGCAGAUCGGUAUCUUCUGGGAGUGGAUAUCUUUAUGAAAUCUUCAGCCCUUCCAAGUAUCACUAGUGAUCAAUGGUUGAAUAUUACGAGUAUACAAACCAUAACAAGAUUACCUAGUCAGUCUCAGUCAGUAGGGCUCCUCGUCACAGCACAAUACGUAUGGAUGAUGAAGGUGCCCACUUUAUCUGGGGAAUCGCUGCCAUGUUACAAUAUAACACAAGCAUCGAUACUCAAUCCUCUCCCGCCGGCACAAUGUCCAGGUAUUCCGUUAUUUACAGAGGACAGUAGGUACAUAACGGUGAAGCUAACGUAUGUGGUCCCAAAUAGGAGACAGCCACUGGGAGAUAUACUGUACAAUUACCAAGUUACUGACCAAAACUGCACGCCCGUCUCGACACCACCCGUGACAUUGAAGUAUUUUAAGGGUAAAUCAGACAGGAAGGACGAUCAGAUCUUGAUCCCACCGUCUGACCUGCAAGAUGUACGAGAAGUAUGGAAGACUGGGAGGGGAUCUUGUAAGAGCACCGCGCGCGAGCGUCCAAAAUUAUCCUCUACGAUGGACGUACCCUGUGUGCAAUUGGGGUAGAUCAACACAAUCUAAUAUGAGCCUGUUCCGUGGAGAGGAAGGAUAUCUAAACCCGAGUGUAAGAGGUUGGCUAGUCAGCAUGAGGCUUUCCUACUGGGUAUUUUCCUGGAUAUACUUCCAUCUGGCCUGAACACGCCUUGGUUAGCAAAUGUUAUAAUGUUAGGGUUUCAUUCAUUAAAAAAAAAACACAAAAAAAAACCCAACAAAACAAAAAAACAGGGAAUGCCAUCAAAAUAACAAAAUCGUAAUUCUAAUUCAAAACCGAUAAAACUAGGGUAAAUAUGAACAAAAAAAAUCUAUAUCUGCAUGGAGAAGACAAUUGAGAACAAGAAUAAGAUCAUGCGUUCUAGUGGAGUAAGGCUCUUCUGCGUCAUCGACCAUACAAAUCUAAAUCAAAUCAGUUUAGUCACAUUCUCAAAGUGAGAACCACGGAGCCACUAGCCAUUUCAACGAGCAUCGAGUACGUCUGACUUAUAUCGCAAAAGGAAAUAGAACUUUCCAAUGAUCUCCAUCAACGUGCAUCUUUGGACACUUUGUUUAUAUUCAGUCAGUAGUUGACAUUUGUCACGGAAAUCGUGAUGAUGGGAACAAGCCGCUGAUUAUCGAAUACAUACGGGACAUAAGCAUCGCAGAUAGGCGUAGCAGGGAUGUUACUAUCUAGAAAUGAAAAAUUACAUCUAACAAUUUAAUUAGAAUGUGGAAGCCGCCAUUCAUUCAUUGAGUCAUUAGUGUAACUACUGACAGCAUUAACAUUGUGCCCAUGUUUUUAUCGACGUAUCAUAAACUGCUGUACAUUUAAGUAUACCAGUCAUUGAGGCAUCCUUACCUAGCGUAAACUGCGAGUGUAUAUAUAUGUACAUUAUGAUAACUUACAAGGUUACAAAAUGUACUGUAUCAUCUAUAUAUAAAUAACUUAAUGAGUUAUUGCAUCAUCUCUAUUUAUAGAUUACUUAAGGAGUUGUUGCAUAUCUAUACACAGGCUAACUUUUAAGAGUACAUAUCUAUGAUUAGUUGGACUUCGUAUACUGCUAUAUUUUUUAUAGUCAGUGACUCAUUAAUAACUAGUUUACCUAAUAAGAGUACUGUGUUCACUGUUGAUUUGACUAAUAAACUUACUGUAUGUACAUAUAUUUUAACCAGUUAUUGACUCAUCAAUAACUCGUUUAGCUUGUGAGAGAAUCGUGUCCAUUGUUAGUUCGACUAAUAUACUAAUGCACACAUAAUUUUAUCGAUUGUUAGUUCGACUCAUAUACUAAUGCACAUGUAAUUUUAUCAGUUAUUGACUCAUCAAUGCCUAGUUGAGCUGAUGAAUGUGUUUAUGUCCAUUGCUAGUUCAACUGAUAUACUAAUGUACCUAUAACGUAUUUAUUAACUCAGAUAUCAUCUAACAUUUAAGUGUCAGUAAUUGAGCAGGGGUGAUAGCAUAUCAGUGCGCUAGCCCGAGUUCCCUCUGGCCCUGACACCUACACCAGACAUGGUGGCAGGGCCAGAUGAUACUCGGGCUAGUCAGUGUGCAUGUCACAUGACAUUCCAGUGUAGGAAAUGGUUGUUUAAUAAGCCCCUCUUGUGAAGAACCAUUUUUUUCUCAUUUAUUCUUACAAACAAAAUGCAUUAAUAAGUGACCCUUAGUAAGUUUUUACUACUCAUAAGCAUGUACGUAUACAUGUAAGUAUACCAGUAAAUUACUCAUCAUUGUUUCGUCUUUUCACUGUUUACUCCAUAUUAUUUUAAUGUAGUUUUAGGACUUACAUAAUUUGAGAACUUCUGAGAAUGAGAGGCAUUAUAUACAUAUAUCAUAUAUUCAUUAUUAGCUAGACUGAAUUACAGUUGUUUAGACAUAAGUAUUUCCUUGAAUUUAUUGUCGAUGUGUUCCCCGAAAUGUGAUCCCCUCUACAUGUGUCCCACCACCCCUGUAUGUUCUCCGACAUGUGUUCCCCUCCACAUGUAUCUCACCACCCCUGUAUGUUCUCCGACAUGUGUUCCCCUCUACAUGUGUCCCACCAUCCCUGUAUGUUCUCCGACAUGUGUUCCCCUCUACAUGUGUCUCACCACCCCUGUAUGUUCUCCGACAUGUGUUCCCCUCUACAUGUAUCUCACCACCCCUGUAUGUUCUCCGACAUGUGUUCCCCUCUACAUGUGUCCCACCACCCCUGUAUGUUCCCCGACAUGUGUUCCCCUCUACAUGUGUCUCACCACCCCUGUAUGUUCUCCGACAUGUGAUCCCCUCUACAUGUGUCCCACCACCCCUGUAUGUUCUCCGACAUGUGUUCCCCUCUACAUGUGUCUCACCACCCCUGUAUGUUCCCCGACAUGUGUUCCCCUCUACAUGUGUCUCACCACCCCUGUAUGUUCCCCGACAUGUGUUCCCCUCUACAUGUGUCCCACCACCCCUGUAUGUUCCCCGACAUGUGAUCCCCUCCACAUGUGUCCCACCACUCCUGUAUGUUCUCCGACAUGUGUUCCCCUCUACAUGUGUCUCACCACCCCUGUAUGUUCCCCGACAUGUGUUCCCCUCUACAUGUAUCUCACCACCCCUGUAUGUUCUCCGACAUGUGUUCCCCUCCACAUGUGUCCCACCACCCCUGUAUGUUCCCCGACAUGUGUUCCCCUCUACAUGUGUCUCACCACCCCUGUAUGUUCUCCGACAUGUGAUCCCCUCUACAUGUGUCCCACCACCCCUGUAUGUUCUCCGACACGUGUUCCCCUCUACAUGUGUCUCACCACCCCUGUAUGUUCCCCGACAUGUGUUCCCCUCUACAUGUGUCUCACCACCCCUGUAUGUUCCCCGACAUGUGUUCCCCUCUACAUGUGUCCCACCACCCCUGUAUGUUCUCCGACAUGUGAUCCCCUCCACAUGUGUCCCACCACUCCUGUAUGUUCUCCGACAUGUGUUCCCCUCUACAUGUGUCUCACCACCCCUGUAUGUUCCCCGACAUGUGUUCCCCUCUACAUGUAUCUCACCACCCCUGUAUGUUCUCCGACAUGUGUUCCCCUCCACAUGUGUCUCAUCACCCCUGUAUGUUCUCCGACAUGUGUUCCCCUCUACAUGUGUCCCACCACCCCUGUAUGUUCUCCGACAUGUGUUCCCCUCCACGUGUCUCACCACCCCUGUAUGUUCUCCGACAUGUUUUCCCCUCUACAUGUGUCUCACCACCCCUGUAUGUUCCCCGACAUGUGUUCCCCUCUACAUGUGUGUCACCACCCCUGUAUGUUCCCCGACAUGUGUUCCCCUCUACAUGUGUCUCACCACCCCUGUAUGUUCUCCGACAUGUGUUCCCCCUCUACAUGUGUCCCACCACCCCUGCAUGUUCCCCGACAUGUGUUCCCCUCUACAUGUGUCUCACCACCCCUGUAUGUUCUCCGACAUGUGUUCCCCUCCACAUGUGUCUCACAACCCCUGCAUGUUCCCCGACAUGUGUUCCCCUCCACAUGUGUCCCACCACCCCUGUAUGUUCUCCGACAUGUGUUCCCCUCUACAUGUGUCCCUUGACUAUUUGCUCUGCAUUGUCAGUAUGUAAUCUAACCAGACAAUAUAGAAAGUAAUCUGAUUAUAAUUCUCAUAUAAUUCCCGUUGGUGUAGUGAUAGCAAGAUCAAUGGUUGUGAUGUCACUAAAUAACAUUUUUUCAGAAGUCACCAAAUCAAGAAUAACUUUGAUGUCACGAAAUUUUGUGCAACGAGAUUAAAAACCCGAUUGAUCAAUUUAACUUUCCAACAAUUUAUGUAGUUUUGUUGCAUGAAAUGUGAAUGAAUAUCACUACAGUGGAAUAUACUGAUUAAAAUGUUGAAAUUAAA